CCGAGCUGCCCACCAACCGUCACCUCCCCCUAGUCACCAACCGCCAUCAGCAUCGCCAUCCUCUUCAUUGGCAUUCUUACAUUUUCUUUUGUACAAUGAUCGCUGCCAGAAGGGACUUUGGGUCGUUUCAUUCAUCAAAUAUUCAAGAACUUCUUGGAGCUGCAAAGACAGGAAAUUAUGUCCCUCCUUCAUUGCCAUUUGACCUACCUCAAUUUUCGUAUGAAAAUGGAAAAAUACCACCAUUUGGUCAAGACAUGAGGAAAAAGCAUUUUCUUCUUGAGGAGGCAACAACAUUUAUUAAUCAUGGGGCUUUCGGCAGUACUUUGAAAGAUGCUCUCGAUGUUGCCCAGAAAUGGCAGGUGUAUAUUGAACAACAGCCAUUGCGGUUUUAUGACAGAGAACUGUUUCCUCAUCUGGUAUUUGUUACCAAGCGAUUAGCUGAAUUUGUGGAUUAUUUUUGUUGUAUUUCAGAUUGCUCGCCCACCGACUUAGUGCUGAUACCAAAUGUUACCAUGGCAAUGAACUGUGUUAUAAAAAGUCAGGUUCUGAAGCAGGGAGACACAGUAUUCAUGUUAAAUGUCACCUAUGGUGCUGUGAAAAAACUACUUAAACAAGUUUGUGAUGAACGAGGAGUGGCAUUGCAAGAAGAAAGUCUGGAAUUUCCGCUUUUUGGACCUAAUCAGAUUAUCACAAAAUUGAAGGAGUCUUUGCAGCCUGGGACAAAAUUGGCUGUGUUUGAUCAUAUUCCCAGCAAUGCAUCAUUCAUAAAUCCAUUACCAGAAAUCAUCGACAUUUGUCACCAAAGGGGUACAAAGGUACUUAUAGAUGGAGCACACACACUUGGCAUAAUGGAUCUGAAACUCAGCUCUCUAGGUGCUGAUUACUAUACAUCCAAUUGCCACAAAUGGCUGUGUAGUCCAAAAGGUUGCGCAUUCUUGUAUGUAAAACCAGAGCUCCAAAACUGCUUACAGCCACUUGUGAUUUCACAUGGAUUCGGCUUUGGCUUCAGUUCUGAAUACAUCUGGACAGGUUUAAAAGACUACAGUGCUUUCCUGGCUCUUCACACUGUGUUGGAUUUCUGGGAAUCUCUGGGUUUGCAGAGAGUUCGAGGAUAUAUCAAAGAUCUUAUGUCCCAAGCUGCAUCAAGUGCAAGCUGGAGCAGGUGUAGUGAACAAGCAAGAGAAAGAAGAAGACAUUUCUAUGUGAAAGUCAAAUUAAAUGGAGGUCCCCUUGCUAUCACAUUAUUCUGGACUUAUGAUCACAUGUUGACAUGCACUAAAAUGGAUUUACUAGUGAACCGUUGGAAAACUGGAUUGCUGGCCCCAAAAGAAAUGUUUGGCUCUAUGGCAUGUGUUCAACUCCCAGAAUAUCUACUAAAGGAUGGAUAUGCAAAUUAUGAGCAAGCAGAGAUCAUCCAGAAUGCCCUUUACAGCCAGAAUAACAUUGAGGUGCCAGUCAAAGCCUUGGGAGGAAAGCUCUAUGUUCGGAUCUCCGUACAUAUCUAUAAUGAACUGGAGCAGUACCAGAAACUUGCAGAUGCAGUUGAAGAACUGACACUAGAGUAGGCUGGGGACAAACCAUAUAGUAUUCUAACUGUCUUCUUACUGCUACACAUCUGAUUAUACUAUUGCCUUAAUCAAAAGUACUAUGUAUAGAAUUGACUUUUGACGAUAUUGACAAAAGGUAGUUUUGUUUGUAAAACCAGCAGAGAUCCAGUAUUAUAACAAUGCCCAAUGGAGUAAUAUUCGAGUCAUAUUACAGAUUAAUGGGAUAGAUUAGAAUUGUGAAAACUGAAUGGAUUUGUGUUUUUAUCAAUGUGCUUUUGCAGCUUCUGAAAUGUCCACUGCCGCCUGUGGUAGAUUAGCUUUAAAGAGCAACAAAAGUAGUUACAUGGAUUGGACUGAAGUAUUUGUAGUUUGUCUUUUAAAGAUGCCUUAUUCAUAAAUGGAACUUUCAAGGGAAAAAUCAAUCCUAGCCCCUGAGUUUGAUUAACAUCAAUCCUUGUGGUAUAUGUGGAAGAUUGUUUUAGAGUCACUGACCUAGAAAUUCAAAGCCUUUCAGGAGUUGGAGAGGUAGUGCAGGGUAUAAGCCCUGCCCAGAAUUCUGAGAGCUGGGCAUCACUGAUAUUUAACCUCAGGCUUCCUUGUCAUAGAGUUGGAAGGUACUUUAACCUGUUGGCAAAGAAAACACUUGAAGUGAAAAAAAUCAGCCCACUGCUAGCUCCAGAGCGGCCCUUGUGUAAGUAGGUGUAGAUGUCAACUCUGGAUGGUUUCUGGGGGUACAGGAGGGGUGGGGGAGGCACAGUGGUAAUUGUUGUCACGUUUCUGAAAGCAACUGAAUGGAAUCUACAAAAUUGGUCAGUCAAUGUGCCUCCACAGUGUUACGACACGGGGUAAGCCCUUCUGCUAAUUUAAACCAGAGUCGAGAGUGUGAUACUGGAAAAGCACAGCAGGUCAAGCAGUAUCCAAGGAGCAGAAGAAUUGAAA